AUGUAUUUUCCGGCACGGAAUUGCGCCCCUAUCGUGUCGGCGGCGACGGGGAGGAUAUUACAACGUGGAGCUCAGUACGCCUCGUUAGGGGAGAUUAGCUCGGCAGGGUUAAAUGGCUGGGCUAGGAAUGCCCCCGCCGUUUCAUCUAGAAAUAUACGUUUAUUCUCAGGGAAGUCUCUUGGAAAGGGUUUUGGUCUUGGGACUCCUGGUGCAUCACUGGUAACCAAGCUGGGAUGUACUGGACCGCCUGCAAUUCCACGGGAUCAUCUUGCAUGGAUUCAGAUCCGGAAAUUCAGCCAAACAGAUCAUACACAUGUCUCAAGCGAUAAGCAAAAGACAGAAGAGCUAUUGGAGAAGUUCGAAGUUCAAGAAGGCAAUCAAGAAGCUCGGCCUCAUGGGACAGUUCUUCAUGAGGAUGGCGACAAGGAAAGGUCUCCGAAGGACGAAGUGAAGUGGCCUGAAAGGAUGACUAAAGGUAAAAUGUUGACGACGCCAUCGCGGCUUUUCAAAUUGAUCAUUCCUUUAACAACCAUCGGCAAUGAAGGCCAUGAUAAAGAAAUUGAACCCAUAGCUAUCCUAGUCCAUCCCCAACAACCACUAUCAUACCUAGAGCGCUUAAUCCAAUCAGAGCUACCCCCAAUCAAAGGCAAUACCGACAAGCUGCGACCACCAGCCAUAUCCUUCAUCGCACUCCAGCAUGAUGACAACGCAAUCAAGCCUAAAAAGCGAAUCGAAGACGAGAUCGACCUAGACGCAAAUCAAUCUAAAGAAAAAGAUUUCAUCCCUGGCAACGACGGUAUUGGUGGUAGCAAGCCCCUUAACGGGCGCCGCCCGCCCACCCAGCAUCGCCGGUCCCGAGAAGAAGACGUCGAAACAUACAGCUAUCCACGUACAACGAACGGCACCCCGCCGCCCAACGGCGAACCCGAGCGCUUUGUGCGCUGGUCACAAGCUACAGAGAUAGGCGACUUUAUCCGGGAUGCUGCGCGUGCGGGCGAGUUCAUCGUGACGAUCGAAGGAGCGCCUUCAGGGCUAAGCCAGAUCCGCGUCACUGUACCGUCAUUCAACGAGCGCACGUAUUACCUCCGCAUGCGGCUACGCAAGCUCUCGCGACGCAUCCAAACUAUGGCGGAUGUGAAGGACGAGUGUGAUGCACUGGCGCAUCGGGGUGCGCAGCGGGUUGCGAUUGGUGGGUUUGGUAUACUUUCUAUCUGGUGGUUUACGGUUUACAGGUUGACCUUCGAGACUGAUCUCGGGUGGGAUACUAUGGAACCUGUGACUUACUUGGUCAGUUUGUCUGCGUUGAUGGGAGGCUACUUGUGGUUCUUGUAUCACAAUCGGGAGAUUUCUUACAAGUCUGCGCUGGACUUCACGAUCAGUGCGAGGCAGAAGAAGCUCUAUCAGUUGCAUAAGAUUGAUUUGCAGCUUUGGGAGUCUUUGAUUGACGAGGGAAACUCGCUUCGUGGAGAGAUCAAGAAUAUCGCGGCUGAAUAUGAUGCUGAGUGGAAUGAGCGGGCUGAUGAGCAAGAUGAACGUGUGACGGAGGUUUUGAAGUCUGAUCGUCGGCAGAAACAUGAGAAGAAGAGGGAUUCAGAUGAUAAGAAUGAUCGGGAUGAUGAUUAA